AACAUUAACGUAAACUGAGCUCUGACGUAACGUCGCGUGCUAACGUUUUCCGUUAGCUUUUACAUACAUCUUUAACGGUUACAUACACAUCAAUACGAAACAAACGCAUAAUUUAACAGCGAUUAUCGCUCAAUACAUCAAUUAUUGAAAUGAUAAGUUAUUUUUUGGGUGAUCUGCUCCUUUAAGAGAAUGAAGAGUUUAACGGAGCGCAGGAAUGUAGAGGAUCAUAUGACUGAAAUAUUUGCGGGACUUUUUGACGCGGAGAAAAACUUUUAUUUAUUUUACUUCGUUCGAUUGAUAAUUACUGUAUAAAUCAAACCCUUCACGCAAUAGUUCAUAUCUUGCGCUGAACUCCGUUUCUCCUGUCAUCUGGAUUUACUCCGGUUUCUGUGGAGGAGGAGCAGCAUCUUUUACCACACACACACACACACACACACACACACACCACGUCACUCUGUUAAACUUUAUUUUUUUUUAAGCAAACUUGAGCCUGCAAGAUUUUCAAGCUCUUCCCUUUCUUCCUGGUGGAUUUCUGGCUCGGUGGGAAAGAUGCAGACUGGAUUCAGAUUGAACUUGAGCCCCGUUAAAGAGCCUCUGGGUUUCGUUAAAGUCCUGGAGUGGAUCACUGCUGUGCUCGCGUUCGGGACCUGUGGGGGAUUUUCCGGCAGAAAUGUGCUCUCCGUCUUCUGCGAUGGCAGCAAUGAAACACUCACUGCCACUUUCACCUACCCAUUCAGGUUAAACCAUGAGCUGUUGGUGGAGCAGAACAGGACCCUCUGCAACCGCUCAGUGUCUGCCACUCAUCUGGUGGGCGACUCCUCGUCCUCGGUGGAGUUUUUUGUGGCCGUCGCCGUCCUGGCCUUCCUUUACUCCAUGCUGGCGCUCAUCGUCUAUCUGGGCUACAUGCACGUCUACAGAGACUCAGACUUCGGCCCGAUGUUUGAUUUUGUGCUGACAGCGGUGUUUGCGUUCCUGUGGUUGGUGUGUUCGUCUGCAUGGGCCAGAGGACUGCAGACGGUGAAGGACGCCACCAGUACCGCUGGCAUGGAAUCCACUUUAGCGCUCUGCAAGGACAGAGGUGUGAGAUGUGAAGUCACAGAGUUUGCCAGCAUGCGCUCACUCAAUAUAUCUGUGGUGUUUGGAUUCUUGAAUCUGAUCAUAUGGGCCGGGAAUGCCUGGUUUGUGUAUAAAGAGACGCGCUGGCACUCUCAGAAGGUCAACGCUCAGCAAACGCCAGGACGAGCUCCAGCUCCAGCUCCCAUCUAAACACAAACAUCACACGCUUCAGCCUAAUGAACAAUACAGUCAUUUAUAGUAAAUAACAGAGUGUUUUUGAACCAAGCUGCAGUCAAGUAGUUGAAUGAAUCUGUUGUGCUAAUUCUUAAAAAUGCUAUGGUGAUACAACGACUGACUAAAUAUAAACCAGUUACCCAGUUUAGCUGUUGUAGCCAUGCUAUAGUAAAACAACUACAGUAAUAUAAACAAACGAUCCGACACUGGUUUUCUUCAGCUAUAGGGUGUAUUAUACUACAAUACGCCACAGAUUACUGUAGUACAAACUAAAGUAGACUAAACUGCAACAUUAACUAGUUUAUCAGUUCACGUUGUUAUAUAUUAUCUAUGCUCACUGGCCACUUUAUUAGGUACACCUUGCUAGUACCGGGUUGGACCCCGUUUUCUUUCAGAACUGCCUUAAUCCUUCGUGGCAUAGAUUCAAUAUGGUACUGGCAAGUCGCCUAAAUCACCUUUCCUCCCCAUUCUGAUGCUCGGUUUGAACCGCAGUAGAUUGUCUUGACCAUGUCUGCAUGCCUAAAUGCAUUGAGUGCUGCCAUGUGAUUGGCUGAUUAGAAAUUUGCGUUAACGAGCAGUUGGACAGGUGUACCUAAUAAAAUGGCCAGUGUGUGUGUGUGUGUAUAUAUAUUUGAUACUGUUAUAUAAUACACAUCAUACACAUACAAUAUAAUGCACUAUAGUAUGGUACAAAAACAUUGUAGUAUUUAGUAUAAGUUACUAUAGUAUUUUUUUUCAGGGCAGCUGGCUCUGGUUUUUGUAUGAUGAUUUUUCUCUAGUUUUGCUUUUUAUCUUUCUUUUUGUACUUGAAGAUCUUUUAUCUUUUUUACGUAUUUGCAAUAUGCAGUGUUUAAUGUAUGUAAAUCUUGGUCAGCUUUUACAGGUACGCUAAACAAUAUUUGAAAAACAUUUUUGACCACGGUGUUUUGCAGCCAAUCAGCAGUAAAGGGCGUGUCUUGUGACAUCAGUGAAGUUACAAAAAGGGGGCGGGGUUUUGUUUGGAUCAACAUCGUGUGGCAAAAUUUGCUUAAAGGAGACCUAUUAUGCAAAAAAAAAAAAAAA